UACUAAACAUUUAUAAACACACAUUUUGCUCAAUUGCUCCGUAGGAACCCAUUCAUUUUGGUCUCACUCGGGAGCGCCCUCUGGAGGUUAAAGGUUAAAUACGCCUCGAGCUCAUUCUCCAGUGGGUCUUCUCCUCACUAUAGACUCUGUGGCUUCUUCUUCGUCAUCACGCAAACAUGGCGACUCAGUGAGAGGGUCCAUGCUUGCUUGUUGAUCAGUUGUUUUUGGAUUAUUUGGAUAUUAAAGCAGAUCAGAGGGAAGAGACAUGUCUCGCCUUAUUGUGAAGAAUCUCCCGGAUGGGAUGAAGGAGGAGCGCUUCCGUCAGAUGUUUGCAGCCUUCGGGACGCUGACAGAUUGUGGGCUAAAGUUCACCAAAAAUGGCAAGUUUCGGAAGUUCGGCUUUGUGGGAUUUAAGUCUGAGGCAGACGCAGAAAAUGCUCUGAAACAUUUCGAUAAGAGCUUUGUCGACACAUCCAGAGUGAUAGUGGAAUUCUGUACAGACUUAGGAGACCCCAAUAAAAGCAGACCUUGGAGCAGAUACAGCCGCCAGCCUGAGAAACCAAAGGAACCAAAGGAGGAACAGAAACAGCAGGAUAAAGGGGAAAAGAAGGAUGAGAAGAAGGGAAAGAAAGAGAAAAAGCCUCUUCUUGGAGAGCUGGAAAAUGAUCCAGGUUUCCAGGAGUUUUUGGCUGUGCACAAAAACCGCACGCAGGUGCCAACGUGGGCCAACGACUCUGUGGAAGCUGGUUCUGCUGCAGCAGAGAAGAACAAAAAGCAAGAGAUGAAGAAAGAAAAGAAAGCAGUCAGUGAUGACUACUUAAACUUUGAUGACGACUCUGAUGAGUCGGAGAUGAGUGACCUUGAUAAUGACCAGGAUAAAGAGGAAGAAGAUAAUCAGGAUGCGAACAAAGAGGCUCUGAAGAAAGGUCUCUCUGAUAUGGAUUAUCUUCGCUCCAAAAUGGUGAAGAAAUCUGCUGUGUUGGAUGAGGGUGAGGAUGAAGAAGAGGGUGAUGAGGAUGAUGAUGAUGAUGAUCAGGAGAAGGAGGAGGAUGAUGACAAGGAAGAGGAUAAAUCAGAGGAGGGAGAAGAGGAGGAGGAAGAGGAGGAAAAGGAAGAGGGAUGCCCACCCCCGCAGACCGACAGUGCAUAUGAGAGUGGUGACAAGGACAGCAAUCAGAAUGUCAAAAAAAACCAGAAUAAGGUUGAACCCACGACAGAGUUCACAGUAAAGCUACGUGGAGUUCCUUUCGACAUUACAGAGAAACAAGUGCGAGAGUUCAUGCUGCCCACCAGACCUGUGGCCGUCCGCAUUGCCAAGAAUGAAGAUGGUCGUACAUCCGGUUACGUUUAUGUGGACCUGCGCUCAGAAGCAGAAGUGGAGAAAGCUCUUCGACUAGACAAAUACUAUAUAGGAGGACGUUACAUUGAAAUGUUCAGAGAUUUAAGAGACAAGGGGAAAGGGAAAAAACACACAGUACAACAGAAAAACUUUGUGUCUGAGCUGAAGGAGGACGAGGAAGAGGAGGAUGUGGCAGAUUCUGGGAGACUUUUUGUGCGGAACCUGCCUUACACUUGCACAGAGGAGGAGCUAAAAGAUCUCUUUAUUAAGUAUGGUCCUCUCUCUGAGUUUCAUUUCCCCAUAGACUCUCUCACUAAGAGACCGAAGGGAUUUGCCUUCGUAACUUACAUGAUUACAGAAAACGCCAUCAGUGCCUUGUCUAAGUUAGAUGGCCACAUAUUCCAGGGCCGGGUAUUGCACAUCAUACCUUCCAGGAUCAAAAAGGAGAAACCAGAGCAAGGGUCCAACUCUUCCGGCAGCUCUUCCUAUAAGAAGCAGAAGGAUGCCAAAGACAAAGCAGCCAGCGGCAGUUCUCAUAAUUGGAACGCACUGUUUCUUGGCACGAGUGCAGUAGCUGAUGCCAUCGCUGAGAAAUACAACACCACCAAAAGCAAAGUCCUCGAUCAUGAGUCGCGGGGCAGCUUAGCGGUGAGGAUGGCUCUUGGGGAGACGCAGAUUGUUCAGGAAACCAGACAGUUCCUUCUGGACAACGGAGUGUCUCUGGACUCGUUCAGUCAGGCUGCAGGUGAGCGCAGUAACUCCGUCAUCCUGGUGAAGAACCUGCCGUCAGGAGUAGCAGUGCAGGAUCUGGAGGCUCUGUUUUCACCUCAUGGAUCUCUGGGGAGAGUACUGCUGCCCCCUGCGGGUCUCACUGCUAUAGUGGAGUUUCUGGAGCCGACUGAAGCCAAACGUGCUUUUACCAGACUUGCAUACACAAAGUUUCAUCACGUUCCACUGUAUUUAGAGUGGGCUCCAGUGGCAGUUUUCUCAAAACCUCCUAAAGGGCGUAAACCAGAACCUGAGGCUGAGAGUAAGGAGACAGUUGGUGAGGACACAAAGAAAUCGGAAGGAAGAGAAGAAGAGGAAGAAGAGGAGGAGGAAGAAGAAGAAGAAGAAGAGAGUCUGCCUGGCUCAACACUCUUCAUUAAAAACCUCGACUACAGCACCACGGAGGAGACACUUCGGGAGACUUUCUCCAAAUGUGGAGUAGUGAGAAGUUGUACUAUAUCGAAGAAGAGGGAUAAAUCAGGGAAGCUAUCUUCUAUGGGCUAUGGCUUUGUACAGUACAAAACCCCUGAAGCAGCUCAGAAAGCCAUACGGCAGCUCCAGAAUUGUACUGUGGAUGAGCGUCAGCUUGAGCUGAAAGUUUCUGAUAGAGGAUUAAAGUCAGAUGUGGUGAACACAAGAAAAAAGCAGACUGCUAAGAAACAGACGACUUCAAAGAUCCUGGUGCGAAACGUUCCCUUCCAGGCCACCGUCAGGGAACUGAGGGAGCUCUUCUGCACAUUCGGGGAGCUGAAAACCGUCCGCCUGCCUAAGAAAGGAGUUGGUUCUGCUCAUCGAGGCUUUGCCUUCGUGGACUUUCUCACAAAGCAGGAUGCCAAGAAAGCCUUUACAGCGCUGUGCCACAGCACCCAUCUGUACGGCAGAAGGCUGGUCCUGGAGUGGGCCUCCACAGAGGAGAGUGUAGAGGAUCUGCGCAGGAAAACAGCUCAGCACUUCCAUGAUGCUCCCAAGAAACGGAAGCAGGCCAAGGAGUUGGAGGAGAUCUUGGAGCAGAUGGAGGUCGAGGGGGAAGACAAAUGAAGAGCAGCUAAUCAUCCACGUGGCAACAGAGCAGAAUACCUGAAACGAGUUUUCCUGAAUGCCAGUUCAUCAUAGCUGGCUUUGUUUUAUAUAAAUAAUGUUUCCACACCAAGGAGCUCCAGACAAUGGCCAUCUCUGGGAUCAGAUCAACAGGAAAGAAAGCAGAAGCCUGAAUUAUAAAGCUGCUUACAUCUGCAUUAAGCUUUAUUGCAGAACUGUGGAAGACUGUGGUGUUUUGGACAGAAAGAAAGUGAAAGGACUUUGUAAGAUCUGAUUAUGUCACUGAUUUGAUGGAUCAUUUAGUAACACACUGUAGUUACAUAAUUGAUAUAGAAAAUGUGUACAUAUGACAUCUGAAUAUCUGUCAUGUUGAUGUAAUAGUGUUUCUAUCUAAUUUCGUAAUUUAGUUUAUGAAACUUAUUGAAUUUCUUUUAAAAAAAACUACAUUAAGAAGCAUUUUGUAUUUAUUGCUGAAUUGUUUUUGUCUAUAAAAGAAAAUGUUUGUA